AGGAUUCAAGUCAAUUUGUGAUUCCGUCCAAGCGAUUGGACUUUCCAUUGACGUCCAUCAUUGUCAAACGCGUUCUUUUACAUUGGCUAAACUUCGACGUUUCAGUAGGCAGGAAAGAUUGGUAAGAACGGAUGCCAGUCAUUUGGAGGCGGCCAUCUGAACGAACAACGUGUAUUUUGAUUGAUCAAGCAGUAUAAUCCUUGAAAAGCGAUUGGUCACGUCUCAGUGGGGUAGGCGGGGAUUACAGGGCGGUGCCCGGUCUGCCGAGGAUGAAAAUGGCGCCUUGAGGGGGGUCCGUACCGCUGCCGAUUCCUUUCUAGCAGGCUAUUUUGAAAGCUCUGUAGAUUAACAAAACGGUCUAAGACUGGAGAAUUAAAGGAACUGGAGGACGGACAGUGACCGUCCUGUCAAUUACAGUAGAGAAUGUGUGCAUGAAGACUUGAGAUAGUCGCCCAACCCAGACGACAGUGAGAAUAUGUGGUUUUAGGGCACUGGGACAAGCCUAAGGGGGGGGGGCAUGCCGAAUCAGAAUGGUGGGUGCUUGGAACCAGGGAAGGGAAAGAGAUGGGUUUAGGAUCGUAAAGAGAAGAAAAAACGGACUGAGAUAAUGCUGCCUCUAACCUUGGACAGAUGAACAGCACAAAGGUACAGUAGAGAAAAAGAGAUAGAUGACUGUAAGUGAUGAAAGAAAUUCACAAGACUAUCAGGUUAAUAAGGCAGGCUUAGCAUUUCAAACCUUUGGACUUAAGCAAGUUUCCUGAAGUAUCAGUACUGUGUUCAGAUGUACUGAGAAUAAAAUAUAAUUGGUGGGGUUGCAAGGGAUGAUAACAAUCCUUUGCUAUGCUUUUAAAUUGCUUGCUGCAAUAGCCAUACUGUGUUUGCACAAUGAUUUUUUUUUAAUUAAUCCAGUUUAGACUUCAAUGUGCUUAGUUUACAAGCACAUAGAAGUCUAAGCUAGUCAUAGAACCCCCUUGAUUUAACUGACCUCAGUUUAGUUUACUUUGAAUGCAAAAUCAAUUCAUAUACUGUAUACUGCUGUGCAUGUCCCAAUUGCUAUUGUAUGCAUGCUUCAGAUACAUAAAACAUGCAUAUAUAAAAUCCUGUUCAGAUUUUGAUUAUUCUGCUUUAACUUUGUUUAUAAUAUAAUGCUCAACGCAACACAUUGAAACACAAAUUAGCCAACUGUAGUUUCGGGCAGUGUGUUCUGCAGACCUAACCAAUGGAAUUGAAAAAGAAAUUGUGGUCCAUAGGAUCCUAAAGAAUAUCCAGAAGAAAACAUCUUCCACUGAAGAUGUAGCACAGAUCGCGGGGCUAAAUGCUUGUUAUUUGGCUGAUUGUUUCUAUUAUGAGGUAGCAGAAGAUUUAGAGACAGUAUGGCUGCCACUGCUGCAGUAAGCCCCAGUGAUUACUUACAGCCUGCUGCUUCAGCAGCUCAGGAUUCUCAGCCAUCUCCAUUAGCCCUUCUUGCAGCCACAUGUAGCAAAAUUGGUCCUCCAGCUGUAGAAGCAGCAAUUACUUCUCCUGCUCCUCCUCAACCUGCCCCUCGGAAAUUGGUUCCUAUUAAACCUGCUCCACUCCCAUUAAGUUCUAAUAAGAACAGCAUUGGAAUCCUAUCGUCAAAAGGAAAUCUCUUUCAAAUACAAGGUUCCCAACUGGGGACAUCAUAUCCUGGUGGACAGCUAGUUUUUACAAUCCAGAACCCAACUGUAAUCAGCAAAGGAACCCGCUCUCCUGCCAAUAUCCAGUAUCAGACGGUACCACAGAUCCAAACAGCAUCAGGACAGACGAUUCAGGUGCAGCAAAAUUUGGGCAAUCAAAUACAGAUUAUUCCCAGCAAUAUCACCCCUUCUUCUUCCUCUUCAUCAUCAUCGUCCUCUACUUCAGCUCAUAAGCCUGUGCCAAUAAAGCCAGCUCCAGCUCAUAAGUCAUCAGCAUCCAGUCUCCACAACACAAGUAGUGUUGUCAAGUUAACUGGCACCAGUGGCAAUGUUACACUUACUCUUCCAGUGAGCAAUCUUGUAACUGCUGGGGAGACUAGUUCUCAAAGUCAAGUUGUGCCCGACAGCCCCUCUAAACCAAGCAGAAAAUCCCGAAAGAAAAUGGUAUCACAAGCUCAGACAACUGCAAUGGCUAUGGCAGAGCAAGUGGAAACAGUCUUAAUAGAGACUACAGCUGACAACAUUAUCCAGGCAGGGAACAAUCUGUUGAUUGUGCAGAGUCCUGGCUCUGGGCAGCCAGCUGUGGUCCAACAGGUGCAAGUAGUUCAGCCCAAACAGGAGCAACAGGUAGUUCAGAUACCACAGCAAGCCCUACGGGUAGUCCAGGCAGCUUCAGCCACACUCCCUACAGUUCCCCAAAAGUCCCAACAAAACUUCCAGAUCCAGACAACGGAGCCAGUUCCCACUCAGGUCUAUUUUAAGACACCUACUGGUGAACUACAGACAAUCCUGCUCCAAGAAGCCUCAGGAGGGGGCCUAAGUAUGGGCCCUGCCCCUGCGGUCUCCUCAGCCACAACCUGCAGCAGCCCUGUACCCCGCAGUUCCCAGUCAGGGGGGAGUACCAAAAAGACGGGGGCUCGUAAAGAGCGUGCUCUGCCAAAGAUCGCCCCUGCUGGAGGCAUCAUCAGCCUGAACGCUGCCCAGCUUGCUGCGGCUGCCCAGGCAAUGCAAACUAUCAGCAUCAAUGGUGUGCAGGUUCAAGGUGUUCCUGUUACCAUCACCAAUACCGGAGGCCAACAGCAGUUAACAGUGCAGAAUGUUUCAGGCAACAAUCUAACCAUCAGUGGCCUGAACCCUACCCAAAUCCAAUUGCAAAUGGAACAAGCACUCUUGGGGGACCUGCAGCCUGGGGAAAAGAGACGGCGAAUGGCUUGCACUUGCCCGAAUUGCAAGGAUGGGGAGAAAAGGUUGGGGGAUCAAGGGAAGAAGAGGCACAUCUGCCAUGUGCCUGAAUGUGGAAAGACCUUCCGCAAGACUUCCCUUCUGCGGGCCCACGUACGUUUACACACAGGCGAGAGGCCUUUUGCCUGCAAUUGGGUCUUUUGUGGAAAAAGAUUCACACGCAGUGAUGAACUGCAACGGCAUGCCCGAACACAUACAGGUGACAAACGUUUUGAGUGUGCCCAGUGCCAAAAGCGCUUCAUUAGGAGUGAUCAUCUGACAAAGCAUUAUAAAACCCACUUAGUCAUCAAGAACUUGUAGGUUGGGAUGCAAGCAGGAAAAGUAAGGAAGCAGUAUGGUGAUGAGCAACUUUUCACUCCUCAUCAUGAAAGAUGGUCUCUGCAAAGGACAGAAAAAAAUAAUUGUCCUGACUGUGUGACUGUUUUCCCAGCCACAUCUGCCCAAGGAAAAAUGGAAUGGUUGCUGCUCCUUCAAUCAAACUGCCUUCAGACUGGCAUAUUCCUUUGGAACUUCUUGAUGAAUGCAUCAGACUUCAAGGUUUGAACCUGAGAUGGAAGAGCAAUGCCAUUUCCAAAUAUGCUGAAAUCAGCACAAACCCAGUGGCAGACCUAGAAAAGCACGGCAAAACCCAUUUAUGCACCUUCCUCAGGAGCUUGCAGAGCCAAGGCCCCCCUCUGCUGCACCAAAGGAACUCCUUAUGGGUUUGAGAGUAGCACCAGCAAAACUGUACCCCACUUAUAAUUUGGGUUCCUCUUCCCACUCGCUCCCAUGUGCUUGUGAAGCUUUUGAAUGAGAGGCAGGGAAACCAUCCAAAAUGGGACUCAGUCCCCCUAGCACAUUCCUACUUUAUAUUUAAAAAUAUAAAUAUAUAUAUAUAUAUAAAUAUAUAUAUCUAUAUAUAUAUAUACACACACACACAUAUAAAAUAACCUCCUUAGGAAGCUUCAUGUUUUUUCUACGGAGAAUGUUGCCUUAUAUUUACCCCAGGUUCAAAUUAUGUAUUGUGAGCGUUUUUUAAUUUAAUAAUUUCUUUAUAAACAAAACAAUCCUUUGCCCUACCUAACAGAGCAGGCAAAGCACUCUGUCAAAACGCAGAGUCUGUGACCUGACCAUGGUCUAUAAACUAGAUAUGCCCUGUGUAUAUACCAGGGAUUUCUAGGGUAUGUGUAGCAGCAGCACUUUGUUCAAGGAAGGAAGAGCAUCUCCCAUAUAUAUAUAUAUAUAUAUAUAUAUAUGAAGCAGAGCUGUGGGACUGUAGCCCACAAAUCCUGAUGUACAUAGUAAAAAGUGCGGGCAAAAGCUAUGUAUGAGCCAUAUGGAAAAUCUAGGGCAAUCUGUUUGCAAUUCUGAAUUACUUGGUUACAAAAAUAAGAGUUAAAAAGUCCAGUACGGAUUUGCACUGUCAAGUUCUAUUGGUCAUUAUUAAUGAUUUGGCAUGUGAAAUGAAAAAAAUCCUUUUCAAAAAUGGAAUUUUCUCAGUCCCCCCCUCCCUCCCCUUUUUUAUUUUGUUUACUUCACUUGAUUCCCCCUGCCUCUUUUUUUUAAUAUCCAAUGCAGCUCUUUUUGUGUACUAUAGUGUAUAUUGUAUCAUAAACUAUAUAUUGCGUUUAAGUGUUUGUUUGUUUCAAAAAUAUACCUUUUGUUAUUUUUGACCUUUUAAAUUAAAACAAAAAUCCAUUUUAUUUUUUAGUUGUAACUGCUUGGCUAUGUUUCUUUAAAUGACAAAUCAUUCUUGUUUUCAAUUAAUGGUGUAACUUGGCAGAGCUGCAUGUAGCUUGCCUAAAAGGGAGUGCUAGACUGAAGGAGAACCAUGCAUUUCUUGAUGAACUGAAAUGUUAGAAUCUCAUACUGAACCAUCCAUUUGAGAACAAAAGAUUAUUUUUCUUAAGUCGAAAGAAUGGGAAAAUGGGUUGUUUAGGUGGCUUGUUGACAACAAAAAUGUAAAAGAGAAGUAUUUUUACUCCUUAAAGACUGCUCAAAGGCAUUUUCAUGCUCAGAUUGUUUUGUCAUGCAGAUAUAAAAAGUUGGUCAGAA